AUGGCUGGUGCUCUGGAGACAUCGCUCAGGCCGACACCGCAGCGUACGCAGAAGCCGACAGCGGCGCAGUGCACGGCCAGGCUUUUCAACAAAUCUAGGAAGAGCAAGCCGAAGCUCGGAGCUUCCAAGGAAGAGUCUUACUUGAAGCCUCAGAUGCUGGACCAGGAUGGUUUUGAGCCGUCAGCUUCCGAAGCGAGGUGGCAGUUGCUGCGGCAAAUUCAGCUGUCGCGGUCUGACAAAAAGGAGGAAGAAAACUACGAGCAGGGAGCCACGGAGAGUCCUGCAGCCGUGUCCUUGGCGGCGGAUGCAGAUGCAGUCUAUGCAGCAAAAAUCCAUGCGUUACCACGUGUUGUGCGUGAGCACAGCGUGAUGUCCAAUGGAGCUGCAGUCGAUCCAAACAUCGGUGCAGGGAAGGUUUCACGAUUCGCAAGGCGGCUUCUGGACCAGAUCAGGCUGAGCCGCCUGGAGCAGGGUGCAGCUCAGCAGCUCCAGGCAGCACAGCCAACUGCUCAAUUUGCUGCUGAUGCCAUGACCUCACAAGAAGAGUUCGGACUGCCCCGGCAAGAGGUGGACGUGGCCCGCCAGGAACACGCAGUGCCCCGCUGUGACCUGGAGGAGAUUUUCACCGACCGGGACUACUUGAGGUAUCUAAUUUCUCAAACAGGUAUGCUGCGGACCGGCCAGCGCGCCGUCGCCGUGGCCUUUUCGGGAAUUGGAUCCGGGCGCAAAUGCCAGUGUGAGAAAACGGGCGUGGCCGUGGAAGGCAAGUACAAGGAGCAGACCGGGCAGCACCGGAGGCACGUCGGAUUGGAAUGUGGCAGCCGCGUGGUUAGCAGGUCCACUUGCCAGCUGCGAUACUCACUCUGUGGGAAAGCUGCAGAUGAACCGGAUUGCAGAGCCAUGCAAGAGCUGCGGUGUCCGGGCUUCGAUGUGUUGGAUGUUUGGAUGCUUGGGGUCUUGGAUGUUCUCCUUUCGAUCCUUCGGAAGCAGAUGCCUUCGGUGUUUGAUGCGGCGCUGCGCAGCAAAAGUGCCAUAGGCGUUGCGGCAUUGUGGCAGUACCUCGCCGUGAUAUCCUGUUCAAAGCUGAAUGCAUUUCGCCGGGGUCUUGAAGUAUCGCACGAUUGGUCCGCAUCCCGCUACUACACCACAGCUUUUAUCAGAGACAGUGACUGCCGAGAGGACGACAGCGGAGCUGUCAUCGAUAUCACUUCUGACCCGGAGACUCCGGUCAAGAAGGUCCUACGAUGCGCUGAAGUCCCAACGCCGCCACCACUUCCUGCUAGGAGAUCGGCGACCUUCAGCCACCUUCCGCCGCAAGAGGUCGCGGCACCACGCAGCCGCCAGUCCAGCUUGCUACUUUGGGCUCAAUCGGGCGACGGCACCUCGAAGAGGCCUCGACGCCUGACGGCACAGGAGGCUAUCGCACGGCGGCGGGAAAGGCGCGAGCGCAACGCCGACCUCAGAUCCGGAGACCGGCCCCUGCCACCUCCUGUAGUGGGCUACGAUGCCGGCAUAGAGCGGCUGUGCGUGAAGACGGAAGUAGAAGGCGUGGACGUCCAGUUCCCAGUUCAACCCCUCGAUGCGCAACGUCUCGUCAUGGCGGCGGCUAUGCGUGCCAUGAGGGAGCAGAGCGUGGCCUUCGUCGAAAGCCCCACAGGCACCGGCAAGACCCUGGCUUUGCUGUCAGCAAGUCUGGCCUACCAGCACUUCCAGCAAAAGUCUGCCGAGGCAGUGAGCACCAGCGAAAGCAACGCGCAUGUUCCCAGAGUUGUCUGGAUUGCGCGGACGCACGACCAGCUGCAGCAUGCCGUUGCAGAGUUGAGGAGAGUUCCCUACCGUCCGCUUGAAGCAUUACGAAUCUCUCGAGAGCGGUUUUGCUUGCACCCGUUUGUGCAAGCAGCGCAAGACAAGUCGACGGCAUGCGAGAUGGCGACCAUGACUCGAAAUGGCAGCGCCUUGGGAGGAGGCAUUUCUGGAUGUGAGCACCUGGACAAUGCCGAAGCAAUCGGCUACCCGACGAUCAAAGAGCAUCGGUCGAAGUUCGAGGCAGGAGGGAAGCUAGCGGUCUACGACAUCGAGGACCUAGUCAAGGACGGCCACGAGACCCGCACCUGCCCGUACCAUGCCGCCUUGGACCUGACGGCCGAGGGAGCGGGCCUUGUCCUUGCGACAUAUCCGCAGCUUUUAGAUCCCUGUGUGCGGGAGACCAGCAGUUUCAGCACCGUGCUUCAGGAUGCCAUCGUCGUCAUUGACGAGGCCCAUAACAUUCCACAGGCUGCCCGGGAUGCGGCCACGUUCCGGGGCACUCUCUCCGACCUGCACCUUCUCAUCUCAAAGCUUCAGGGCCUGGCCCAGGCCACGGCCGAACGGGAGGCUGUCGAUCUCGCAGAGCGCGUUUGCUGGGCGGUCACCCGGCUCUACGAAUGGCUGAAAGUUGCCUCCGACACCCCAGCGAAGCAGGCCGUCGUGUGCCUGGCCGAGCUGAAGUCAGGAGAAUUGCGUGACACAGGUGGCAAGGGCUGCCUCGCUCUUGUGACGCACGUUGCAGGACUCGAGAGUGCAAAGGAAGUGGAUCGUCUCGUUCGGCUGCUUCGGGUCCUCCGAAGACGCUUCAUCGAACAUGGCCUCGAAGGUUGGGCCGUGCGCUCCUCUGCAGUGAACGAGAUGGAUCUGUUUCUGCGCAAGAUGGUCCUGGUUCUGGAGGAGGGGGGCCGAGGUGGCUAUGCCCUCAUCCUCAAGAAGGCGACUACGGGCAGUCCCUCUUUGGCGAUGGUCAGCCUCAGUGGGGCCGUGGCCUUUCAAGCAGCAGCUCAUGCAUGCCAUUCCGUCAUCUUGGCCAGUGGAACAUUGGCUCCGUUCAAGCUUCUCCAGCGGGAGCUGGGUGUCGGGCAAGGAUCUCAAUAUGAGUUCUUUGCCAGAUCUCCAGUCACCGUGGAGGUCGGACAGUCGGAGGGCAUUGGCAGCCGCCUUCGCGUAUUGGCCUUGGGCUCUGUGGAUGGACAAAGGCUGUCAUCAACACGCAGCUUCCGUGCCCAGCAGCUGGACAAGUACCUGGAUGGGAUUGGGACCGUCGUUCGGAUACUUCUCCCAGCCGUGCCGAAUGGCAAGCUCUUCUUCUUCCCUUCUCAUGAGCAGCUUCAGGAUGCCAUUCGUCAUUGGAGGCACUGUGGCCUCCUCGAGCGAGGCAAAGGUGGUGCAGAGUCCCUUUGCGGCGUCCCGGCAAUGGUGGAAGCGUCUGGACUUAGCAGUGAAGCCUCUGCCGAACUGGUCGCGCGAUACCGGACUGCAGCCCGUGAUGCCGCUGGUGCUGUGCUGCUAGCCGUGAUGCGCGGUCGCUGCGCUGAGGGCGCUGACUUUAAGGAUGAAGCCGCACGAGCAGUUGUGGUCGUGGGCGUCCCCUUCCCAAGCCUGGAGACCGAAGUGGUGCUCAAAAUGGAGUAUGAGCGAGAGAACAAGGAUGCCUGGUACCAGGCGGAAGCCUACAGGUCUGUAUCACAGGCUGCUGGGCGACUGCUUCGGCACCAGGCCGACUAUGGUAGCUUGCUCCUCCUGGACAGCCGCUUCGCAGCAGAAGGCCCUCCUACGCAGCUCUCGGGUUGGCUGCAGCGCGAACUUCGGAGCCAGCGGCCUCUGGGUCGCGGCGCGCGCGGAGAGGUGACCAGCCGAUCGCUGGAGGAUGUGUCGGAAGAUUUGAGCACAUUCUUCCUGCGGAAUGAGUCGGCGGUGGAGGUGAAGAAAAGCUCCAUGUGUUGCCACCCACGGAGCAGUGCUCAGGCCCUAUCAUGGCCCGAUAAGCAAGAAAUUCAGGUUGCUAGUAGGCACUGCAGCAGAUGA